UGUGUCGAGUGUGUCGAGUCAGUGGAAGUUGUGGACCUGAGCUGGGAGGUGUGUGUAUCACAGGACUCAUUGCCAGUUGUGAACGUCGUCGUCGGUCAGCCAGUCGCGACCUAGAGUGGGUGUGUGUGGGUGUGGGUGGAUCCCUCAUUGGACUGACUGCUCCACGGAGAUAUUUGGGAGAUUGGCUGGGACCUGAGUGUGGGUGUGUUUGUUUGUAUCUGGAGCGAUCGAUCCUCCGUGUCCUUUGAGGGACUUUGACGGACUUUGAGGGACUUUAAAGGACUCUGAGGGACUCUGAGGGACUCCGUGGUUGAGCAUGUUUUCUUGGAUGGGGAAAGAAGACAGUCGGAAGAACCAGGACGUGUAUGACUCGGUGAGUCAAGGCCUGCAGAACAUCUACAAGCAGAAGUUGUUGCCCAUCGAGAAGGAGUACAACUUCCAUGACUUUCACUCGCCCGCCCUCGACGAUCCGGACUUUGAUGCCCGCCCCAUGGUCAUGUUGGUGGGGCAGUACUCCACCGGAAAAACCACAUUCAUCCGAUAUCUGCUCGAGCAAGACUUCCCCGGCAUCCGCAUCGGACCCGAGCCCACCACCGAUCGAUUCAUUGCGGUGAUGCACGCGGAUCAAGAGGGUGUGAUUCCAGGAAACGCCUUAGUCGUCGAUCCCAAGAAACAAUUUCGUCCUUUGUCCAAAUUCGGCAACGCCUUUCUCAAUCGAUUCCAAUGCUCGCAAACCUCAUCAGCCGUGCUCAAAGGCAUUUCUAUUGUGGAUACUCCUGGUAUUUUGAGUGGAGAGAAACAACGAACCGACCGCGGUUACGACUUCAUCGGUGUUCUUGAAUGGUUCGCCGAGCGAGUAGAUCGAAUCCUGUUGCUGUUUGAUGCACAUAAACUGGACAUUUCUGACGAGUUCAAGAGGUCAAUCGAGGCCCUUCGAGGACAUGAUGACAAGAUCAGAAUCGUCUUGAACAAGGCCGACAUGGUCGACCAUCAGCAACUGAUGCGCGUGUACGGGGCCUUAAUGUGGAGUCUCGGCAAAGUACUUGGCACCCCGGAGGUGGCACGGGUAUACAUUGGUUCAUUCUGGGAUCAGCCCUUGCGAUAUGAUAUCAAUCGAAGGCUCUUUGAAGCCGAAGAACAGGAUCUGUUUGCAGAUUUGCAGUCAUUGCCCAGAAAUGCGGCCUUGCGAAAACUCAAUGACCUGAUCAAGCGGGCGAGACUAGCCAAGGUUCAUGCUUACAUCAUCGCGGCUUUGAGGAAAGAUAUGCCCUCCAUGUUUGGAAAAGAGUCCAAGAAGAAGGACUUGAUCAAGAACUUGGACGCGCUCUAUGGACAGAUUCAAAGAGAGCACCAGAUCUCUCCGGGAGAUUUUCCCGAUCUGAAAAAGAUGCAAGAGAGUCUGGUCCAUCAGGAUUUCACCAAGUUUAAGGCAAUCGACAAGCGAUUGCUCGACAAGGUGGAUAAGAUGUUGGCCGAGGACAUUGCCAAACUAAUGGCCAUGAUCCCAAUGGAAGAGAAAGUCAAAUUGAGCGAAGGCAGUGACCGCAUCGAGGGUGGUGCCUUCGAUGGAGUCAUGGAUAAAGCCACCCCGUUCAUGUUCAAGGGUGGCGAAGGUGUGGACGCAGGUCGGGGUGAGGUGGAAUGGGUCAUUGCCAAAGAUCAAGGCAAAUACGACCAGAUCUUCGAUAGUCUCUCUCCUGUGGAUGGCAAGGUCACCGGUGCAGCGGCCAAGGGUGAAAUGGUUCGCUCCAAGUUGCCCAAUAACGUUUUGGGUAAAAUAUGGAAGUUAGCCGACAUUGACAAGGAUGGCAUGUUGGACUCUGAGGAGUUUGCCCUAGCCAUGCACCUCAUGAACAUCAAGUUGGACGGGCACGAUCUACCCACGGAGCUUCCGCCUCAUUUGAUACCGCCGUCCAAGCGAGGAUUUUAGUUCGAAAUCGUUCGACAAUCUAUCCGAGAAUGCCAAGAUCAGAUCUGCGGCGUCAAGGACUGAAAGUUCGGCCAAUGGUUGCGUCCAUUAGCAUUUGGUGUUGCUUUUCCCCCUCUUCCUCCCAUGAUGCCCUUCCCUGAUUUUUGCGAUGUUUCAUUGUUGCAAAAAAGGUGAUACUUAAUAAUGAUCAGACUAUAUUCUAAUCUAUCUAUAUUUGUUAAAUCUUGGCCGAGUCCUUCCAUCAUGAAUGGGGAACACGCUGUAUGUUUAAUUUCUCAAGUAGCAUAAAAACACCUAUUUUGACGAAUAAAAUUUCAAACCCACGUGA